ACAAACCCACCUAGCUCCCCGUCGAUCGGCCUUUCCUGAUCAUCCUCUCGAUCGAUCUUUGCUAGCCAAGAUCCAGGAGACGAUCAAUAGAUGGCUAGUCGAGGCACUCGGCUGUUUGCGGCACUAUCAGUCAUCCUGUCACUUCUUGUGAGCCCCAUCUCCUGCUGGUCCUCCGGCGGCGCGACGUGGUACGGGAGCCCUUACGGCGCCGGCAGCGACGGUGGCGCGUGCGGCUACCAAGGCGCCGUCAGCCAGCGCCCGUUCAAGUCGAUGAUCGCCGCCGGCGGGCCCUCCUUCUUCAAGGACGGCAAAGGCUGCGGCGCAUGUUACCAGGUUAAGUGCACCGGCAACAGCGCCUGCUCCGGUCGCCCAGUGACAGUCGCCAUCACGGACUCAUGCCCUGACGGCAUAUGCGCCUCGGAGGAUCACUUCGACAUGAGCGGCACCGCCUUCGGCGCCAUGGCGUACCGGGGGAAGGCCGAUCGCCUCCGCUCCGCCGGACAACUCCAGAUCAGUUACAGGAGGGUGCCGUGCAAGUACAACGGCAUGAAGAUUUCCUUCAAGGUGGACGCGGGAUCCAACCCGUACUACCUCGCCGUGAUGGUCAUGUACCAGGCCGGCGACGGGGACCUCUCCGCCGUCGACGUCAUGCAGGGCGGGUGCAGGGCCGGCCACCACGACGACAGCGGCAAGCCGUGGACGAGGAUGCAGCAGUCAUGGGGCGCCACGUAUAUCAUCAACUCCAACGACGGGAAGCCUCUGAGCGCGCCGUUCUCGUUCAGGCUCACCUCGGGCUCCGGCAAGGUGCUCGUCGCCACCAACGCGAUCCCCGCCGGAUGGUCGGCCGGGAUGAGCUAUCGCUCCUCCGUGAAUUACAGAGCCUAAGUCACUUUUUGCCGAGCCAUCAGAUGUACUAGCUCUCUUGCCUUGUCAACGGGAUUCGGUAUGCGCGUCCGGGAAUUGUGAGCGGCCGUAUCAGAAGAGGAGGUCAAGUGUUUUUUUCCUGGCCUCUUCAUGGCCACUGGCUUGCAGUUAAUUUCCAAGUGAUGAUGUAUCUUUUUUGUUUUUGUUUUAUGCAACCUCGCAAUCAGUUUCAUAGUUUCACGUGUUAUCGCAGUGAAAUUGUAGAGGCGAGUCACAGCAAAACAUGCUGAUGUAAGUUAACUUUUUUUUUUUGACAGUAAGUUAACU